AUGGAAUCACUAAAGCCAUUCUUAAGAAAUCUGUUAAGAGAGAUGUUUGCGUACAAUCAAGGGUAUUCGUUUCUUCGUCGACAUGAUGUAAAUGACAACAAUAUAGAAAUUGAUUAUGUCAAAGGUUUAAAACCACCGCCGCCACCUUUCCAAAGACAAGAAUCUGAUGAAGAUGAUAGUUCAGAAAGUGAUGAGGAUGACGAUACUGGAGAGGAAGAAAGCGAUGAACAAGAAAAGAAUGGUGAUGUCGAUAAUCAAAAUUCAGAAAAUGCCUCUAAUGCCUCGGAUGAUUCCGACGAGCCCCCCGAAGGAGACGGGCAAGGUGGUGGGAUUCUUGGACUUAUAGCUGGUUUGAGUGGAGGUGAAGACGGACAAUCAGACUUAGGUGAUUUGUUAGCGACAAUAAGCGGUAUUGUGGCAAAUCUAAGUGGAGAUGGUAUAGACCUUAACGCUGUCAUUGCUUCGGGCUUCGGACUUUUCGUUGGAUUAUUGUCAGAGGGCAAUGAAAAUCCUGGAGCAGUUAUCGGCAGCUAUCUAUUGACCUCGUUAGAUUCUAUCACUGGAGGCGGUGCUGCGGCAGACCAAGAAGGUGGAUCAGAUGAAAAUGGAGGAAAUGAAACGACAAUGUCAGAUUCUACCGGCUUCAUCGCGAGCUUGCUGAUGUCUCUACUUGGAGACAUGUCUAAAGGCAGCUCCGCUGCCUCCUCCUCCACCUCCGGCUUCUCACCAACAACAGCAAGCUUCUCCUCUGUGGACCCUCAAGAUGGAAAUCUUAAGAGCUAUUCUGAAGUUCGGAGCUUCUGUAAUGAGCACGGCAUCUGCGGCAUCUAUUGA